AUGUUGGUCCAUAGCAUUGUGUUUAACUCUUUUCUCACUAUUCAACCAUUAGUUGGAUGUGUCAGUGGUAGUCCAACAUUAAAUCUAUAUGCAACAUAUUUCUUUUAUCCAGUUUUGUAUGGUCCUGUGCAGAUUGCUAUCUCAUUCUUUUUUAGUUUAUUAGCUUUUCGUAAUGUUCGUCGUAUUGUCCGUCGACAAGUACCGAUUGUUCGUCGUCGACUCGAUCGACAAAUGACAGCAAUGAUUUUGACACGUGUUGUAUUUUUUGUGAUAUUUGCAUUACCAUAUACCAUUUAUCGGAUGUAUAUUAUUAAUAAUCCACCUUCGCGAUCGAAUAGUUUGCAAUAUUCGAUUGGACAAUUACUUCAAACAAGUCUUAAUUAUUUUAUUAGUUUGAACUAUGCGAGUAACUUCUACAUCUUUAUAGCAAUAUCAUCACAAUAUCGCCGUCAAGUCAAAUAUGUUUUGGUGAGAAAAUGUUGGCAACGAUGGAAACAUUGGGAUUGUAUGCGACAAAAUGAAGUUGGUCUCGCAAAUGCAGUGACGAUUACUUCUAAUGACGACUUUGACUGA